AUGCAUGGCCGUAAGGAGUGGUCUUUCUUUUCAACAAAAAAUAUUCCUGCUCCUGCAGAUGGUCUGAUAAACCCCUUGUCUAUAUUCUCAUCAAUAUAUUCUUUCAAUGUAAUGAGUUCAGGAUCUGCUGUGAGACCUGUGGUUUCCUUCUCCCCAAACUGGACCCCAAUAUUCCCAGAUGAGUCUGUAACUCUGAGCUGUAAUGUGGCUCCUACUGCCCAAGGGAACCUGGGAUAUUCCUGGUACAGGGAUGGACAGCGGAUACCUGGGGAUCAGCAGAGCCUUUUCAUUCAGGCUGCCAGAAAGACAGACAGUGGGCAUUACCAGUGCCGGGCCGGUGCCAGUGAGAGAAGUGACCCUGUUACAUUGGAUAUAAAGUCUUAUCCGCUCAUCCUGCAGGCGCCCCCUGCUGUUCAUGAAGGGGACUCCCUGUCUCUCAGAUGUCACAGUCGGCCUGGAUAUGAUACAUGGAACCCAGUAUUUUACAAGGACAAUAAGCCCAUUGGGUCCCCAGUCAGGGGCUCUGAGUUACACAUAGGAAGAGUGGAUGUUACUGCGUCUGGUACAUACAGAUGUGAAAAAGAAUUACAUUAUUGCAAUUAUUUUAAUCCUUGUAGUAUUGCUUCUAGUGAUGAACGAUACAUUUUAGUCUCAGAGCUUUUUAGUACCCCACAAUUAAAAGUGAGGCCAGAUCAGGUGACAGAAGGAGAUCACAUGACCAUAACAUGUGACACAGAGCUCAGCCCACACAGAGCGACUACAGAGCUGCAGUUUGCUUUCUACAGAAAUGGGCACAAUGUGCAGGGAUUCAGUUUAUCCAACCAAUAUGGAGUCCCCUCAGCUCAGCUGGAGCAUUCUGGGAAAUAUACCUGUGAGGUACAGACUCCAACCGGCAGUGUGAGGAAAACUAGUAGCAUGGCACAUAUACACAUACAGGAGUUGUUUUAUAACACACAAAUAAAAGUGAGGCCAGAUCCAGUGACAGAAGGAGAUCACAUGACCAUAACAUGUGACACAAAGCCCAGCCCACACAGAGAGACUACAGAGCUGCAGUUUGCUUUCUACAGAAAUGGGCACAAUGUGCAGGGAUUCAGUUUAUCCAACCAAUAUGGAGUCCCCUCAGCUCAGCUGGAGGAUUCUGGGAAUUAUAUCUGUGACAUACGGACUCCAACUGGCAAUAUAAGGAAAAGUAAUGGCAUGUUAUAUAUACAGAUACAGGAGCUCUUCACUGUGCCACAUAUAAAAGUGAGUUCAGAUCAGGUGAUUAGAGGAGAUCACAUGACCAUAACAUGUGACACAAAGCUCAGCCCACACAGAGAGACUACAGAGCUGCAGUUUGCUUUCUACAGAAAUGGGCACAAUGUGCAGGGAUUCAGUUUAUCCAACCAAUAUGGAGUCCCCUCAGCUCAGCUGGAGGAUUCUGGGAAUUAUACCUGUGAGGUACAGACUCCAACCGGCAGUGUGAGGAAAACAAGCAGCAUGGCACAUAUGCAGAUUGAGGAAUUUUUCUUUGGCACACAAAUAAAAGUGAGCCAUUAUCCUGUAACAGAAGGAGAUAACGUGACCAUAACAUGUGACACCAAGCUCAACCCACGCAGAGCGACUACAGAGCUGCAGUUUGCUUUCUACAGAAAUGGGCACAAUGUGCAGGGAUUCAGUUUAUCCAACCAAUAUGGAGUCCCCUCAGCUCAGCUGGAGGAUUCUGGGAAUUAUACCUGUGAGGUACAAACUCCAACCGACAGUGUGAGGAAGAGGAGCAGAGAGGCACAUAUCCAUAUUGAGGACACGCCCUGCAAUGACCUUACAAAAGGGGGAGGAGCAUGCUGGGCGCACACCUAUAAAUUAGAGAGCCUGAAGUGGAAGCCGGCAGUGUAA